AUGUCGCGAUAUGGAUGGUCACUGGGUCGUGAACAGAGCUCUCCUUACGGCUCCAUGGGCGGUGGCAUACCCGCCGUCACGGAUGACGACUACAGCUACAUUACGUCCCAAGAUCUUGCAGACCCCCCCUUUCGCGGGACGACGCCAGAUGAUGCUCCUCCUCCCGAAGACGAUGUCCUCCUCAUCAAGAAUAAGGGCGUCACAUACCCAGCCCACUUCCCAGCGUACGCCAUCGGAGACGGUAAGCUGCGCGUUCAAGACGUACGCGACCGGGUCGGACUCAUGAUGGACUUGCCUGACCGCGCAACGCGCCGCAUCAAGCUUCUGUACAAAGGUCGACAGCUCAAGGAGCCUGCAGCGCCCGUGCGCGACUACGGGGUGAAGAACAACAGCGAGGUGAUGGCUGUCCUGGCCGAUCUCCGGGACGAAAGCAGCGUUUCUGACGAAGAAAUGGUCAUUGUCAACGACACCCAGGCAGGCCGCCGCAAGAAGAAGAAGUCCAAGAAGAAGGCAGGCAGAGGCAAGGGGGACGACGGGUCGGCCAGCAGCCCUCGUGAUAGCUUAUCCAACCCAGAGGGAACCUCGCCUUCCUCUGCCGCUGGUGCCGGUGCUGGUGCUGCUGCCAUGAAAAGACUUGACGAGCUCUUUGCCGAGUUUCGCACAAACCUCCAGCCUCUGUGCAACGAAUACAUUGCCUCGCCGCCGCCCGAUGCCAAGAAGCGCCUCGAAGAGCACAGAAAGCUCUCUGAGACGGUGAUGCAGAAUGUAAUCUUGAAGAUAGAUGAAGUAGACGCAGAAGGCGUCGCGAAGGUGAGAGAAAGAAGAAAAGAGGUGGUGCAGCGAGUUCAGGAAGCCCUCAGGGCCCUUGACGCAGCAAAGGCUUCCUGA